AUGUCUGCUAUGAGGACAUUGACCGUAGCAGGACUGUUUUUGGCUUUUUGCGCGUUGGGACUCAUAGCAGUCGCAAUAUGUACUGACAAUUGGUACGAGACGGAUGCGAGGAGGCACAGGGAACGUUGCAAGAAUUAUUCCAACAAAAGGAAUGACCCUGGAUUCAUCUAUAUCUCCAACCAGAACCUCCCACUCCGUAUGCUACCGAAGGAGAAUAACGUGGAGAGGAAGGGGUCGAGUGGGGGAGUCCUCCUGCGGGCUAAGCGGCACUUCUUGCCCCCUGCCCCGGCCAUGGAAUCCCUCUGUAGUCGGCAGUACAACUCCACCAUCUCUGGGCUGUGGAGGAAAUGUCAUCGGGAGGGAUUCGACCUGGAGACAGAGGAUCUCAUCUUUAAAGGUUUCGUCAUUUGAUCACUUCACAUGAUACACAAUAUAUGUUUUAUUGCAUAUAUAAUGUCAGUGGCGCUAUAGUAUUUGUUUACAAGAUCUAUUUAUGCUCAUUGAUGUGGUGAACCGAGCGAAUCAUCAUCGGAAUUUGGAGCGCUGCAUGAGGCGCUAUCCGAGGUGCUGAAUGCUGAUCUAGCGGUUAGCGGUCCGCCCACAUUCAGGCCUGUGCAGCAGCAACAACAAGGCUUUUUAUCCAUCAUUUGAUAACACUGUGACGCUAAUGUGACAAUCGAACACAGUCAAUGUUUGAUUUAUUUGCGCCAUCUCAACGUUGUCAGUGUUUUCACGAGGACCGUACUGUACUGUACUAGACUAGGCCCCACUUGUCUGUUUGGUGCUUUUGGAGAGAAGCCUACAGGCUACAGAGCUGCAGUUAAGACUGUAAGCCAAUGAAAACAACACUGAAUAUAAACACUGACAGUAUGUGAUGAAUCUAUGCUACUAGACAUUUUAUUUUUCUCAGGUAGGCUACAUAUGCAAUAAUAUUUGUCAUUUCAAUAUGGCCUCUCCAUGUGAAACUAUGUUUGUUUUUGUUCCUUCUCUGCAGGUUUGGUUCAGCGCUGCACACCGAUAAAAUACUCCUACUCCUCUUUAGCCUUCCCCAGAAAGCUGCGCAGCAAUAUAACCAAGACUAUUCGUCAGGAUGAGUGGCAUGCGCUCCGUAAGUUACCACAAUAACAACAACAAUAAUAAUAAUAACCCUUUCAAUCUCCAUCGGGUGAAUACCAACAGUCUACUAUAGCACCCAUCAGGGGUAACAACUAUGUCAUCUCAUAAUGAUCCUGACUAAAUAACAGACAUUAUGAUUCAGUUAAAAAAUGUCCUUCAUAGAUGAAUUACCAUAUUAUAAGCAUUUACAUUACAGUCAUUUAGCAGACGCUCUUAUCCAGAGCGACUUACAGUUAGUGAAUACAUGUUUUUUUUAUUGUUUUUUUUUUAUACUGGCCCCCCGUGGGAAUCGAACCCACAACCCUGGCGUUGCAAACGCCAUGCUCUAUCAACUGAGCUACAUCCCUGCCGGCCAUUCCCUCCCCUACCCUGGACGACGCUGGGCCAAUUGUGCGCCGCCCAUGAGUCUCCCGGUCGCGGCCGGCUGCGACAGAGCCUGGAUUCGAACCAGGAUCUCUAGUGGCACAGUUAGCACUGCGAUGCAGUGCCUUAGACCACUGCGCCACUCAGGACACAAAGCCUUAUUAGAAUACUUCAUAAAGCCUCAUACAUGCUUUUAACAAGUUAUAAAGCGUUAUCCCUGCAGGUUUUAGGUAAAGUGUUACCAAGAUUGUAUGUUUGCUGUCGUUUGACGUCUUGAUCUAAUUUCUUCAUCCAAUUCCUCUCUCCCUGUGUAGACCUGCAGAGAAUGACAGCCAGUUUCAUCGGCAUGGCCGUGUCCAUCAUCCUGUUUGGUUGGGUGAUUGGAGCUCUGGGUUGUUGUAAACAGCAUGACCUGAUGCAGUACGUAGCUGGACUCCUGUUUCUCAUGGGGGGUGAGUGGAGAACUGUUUUACACACACACACACACACACACACACACACACACACACACACACAGUACGCAGUACGUAGCGGGACUGCUCUUCCUCAGGGGAGGCGAGGACUGAGAGUUGCUGUACAAUAGAGGAACAGAGCAUUACCACAAAGCACCACUUGCAGGCGCCAGAGUGUUUGUUAUGGCGAGUGAGGCAUUGUGUGAGUCCCUAUGACAACAGCCCCAUGGGCCCUAUAAAGGGUAGUAGGGUUCCAUUGGUCCUGCUGAAUUCUAAAUCUACCUCAAGUCCAGCCCCUAUACUCUAGCCACUCCUGUAGAAUCUGAGAGGAUUGGAUAGAUAUCAUUAUUAUCUUGCCCUCUGAUUGGCUGGGGUAGGAGUCCUCUCAGAUCUGCAGGAGUGACUAGGUAUUAGGGACUAGGGAGUAGGGAGUAUGGACUAAGGUUAGAUUUGAAAUGCAGAAAUAAUUAUAAUUCCCUCGACAAAUGCAUGAAACGGUUCAUAUAUAUUGUCCAUGUAUGUAGAGGAUGGCCAGAAAGGAAGAACAUGUGUGUCACAUGGGUGAAAUAAUCCCCCCCUAUCUUUCUCUCUCCCCCCCUCUCUCUCUACCCCCUCUCUCUCUCUCUCUCUCUCCCCCCUCUCUCUCUACCACUCUCUCCUCUCUCUCUCGUCCUCUCUCUCCUCUCCUCUCUCUCUCUCUCUCUCUCUCUCCUCUCUCCCUCUCUCUCUCUCCCUCCCCCUCUCUCUCUUGUUAUCUCUCUCACUCCCCCCCUCACUCCCCCCCUCACUCUCCCCCCUCCAUCUCCCCCCUCUCUCUCCCCACCUCUCUCUCUCUCCCCACCUCUCUCUCUCCCCCCUCUCUCUCUCUCAUUCUCUCUCCUCUCUCUCCCCCCUCCCAUCCCCCCCUCUCCUCCCUCCCCUCUCUCUUCUCGCCCCCUCCAUCUCUCCCCCCCCUUUUCUCCCCCCCUCUCUUGCUCUCGCUCUCACUCUCUCUCGUUCUCUCUCGUUCUCCCCCCUCUCCCCCCAUCAGGAACAUGCUGUAUCAUCUCUCUGUGUACAUGUGUAGCAGGGAUCAACUUUGAACUGUCCCGUUAUCCUCGCUACAUGUAUGGGAUCCCAGAGGACAUCAGUCAUGGAUACAGUUGGUCCAUGUUCUGCGCAUGGGGAGGCCUAGGUCUCACCCUAUUGGCCGGCUUUCUGUGCACGCUGGCUCCUUCCCUCUACCCACCCGUACCUCACACUAUGGUAGAGAAGCUGCAACACAAGCCCCGACAUGAGAAUGGCUGUGUGUGACACCAUAUAAAUAGAAUUACUAUUUGACUUAAAUGGGAAUAUCCAUUCUAGUAAUGGGAAUGUCCAUUCUAGUAAUCGGAAUGUGUGUUCUAGUAAUGGGAAUGUCCGUUCUAGUAAUGGGAAUGUGCGUUCUAGUAAUGGGAAUGUCCGUUCUAGUAAUGGGAAUGUCCAUUC